CACGUCUGGUAUGCAUUUAAUGCUGAAGAAACAGUUCAGAAAACUGCGGCGCGAAACUUCUCCAGCAUGAAGCCGUGGUUCAAUGAACGAGUCUGCGCUUUAUUCCGCAGUAACUGGCAGCAUACCUUAACAUACUGGAGUGUGUUCUUCAGUUUUGGACUGUGUGUCGCUUUUCUGGGUCCGACCAUCCUGGACCUGCGAUGUCAGACCCAGUCUAGCCUACAGGAGAUCACUUUGGUCUUCUUCUCCCAGCAGUUUUUCCUAUUCAUUGGAAGCACCAUUGGAGGAUUCUUCAGUAAAACGCUUGUGAACUCUUUGUCAGCCCUGGCUGUGUCCACCCUCAUCAUUUCUCUGGUUUUUGCCAUCAUCCCACUAUGCCAGAAGUUACUCUUGCUGGCGUUUGCCUUGGCAGUGUCUGGUCUCGCCAUGGGCAUCAUUGACACCAUAUCUAACCUGCAGUUGGUGAAGAUGUACCAGAAAGACUCCACUGUUUUCCUGCAGGCUCUUCACUUCUUUGUUGGUCUCGGGGCAUUAAUGAGCCCCCUCAUUGCCGAUCCCUUCCUGUCUGAGAGCAACUGUGUGAUAGGAAAUAGCAGCAUCAAUACAACAUCAUUAACACAUCUGAGGAACACACUCGCAGGCAGACAAAUGCACAACGUGUCCAAUGUCCACCUCCACACCGAGGGCGAGGUGGUGACCAACGUCUCCUAUGCUUUCUGGAUCAUGGCUCUCAUCAACCUGCCUGUACCCAUCGCAAUAUUCAUCCUGAUGUAUCGGGAGCGUUUGUUUAUGUGCAGUUCUCCCAGUCGCCGUUUACUAGAUGGAGACAUUCUGGCCAUGAAUACCUGGGGAGCCACAGGACACUCUGAGGACAUUGGACUUCAGAAACAGGGUCCAAAGAGCCAUAUAGAAUUGUUCAGCUGCUGUCUCCUUGGCAACAUGCAAGGGCUUCCGUUGUCUUUCUUUGGGAUCCAUAUUCUUGGUGGUCUGGUGCUCUUUUUUUCAGAUGGUAUAGUGGGCUCAUACACAGGCUUUAUCUACACCUACGCAGUGGCGCCCCCUAUGAAUCUACCUCACAAGACAGCCGGAUACUUGACAUGCGUCUUCUGGGUGGCCAUUACUGUGGGACGCUUAUCUGCGAUACCUCUGUCUUACCGCUUUAAACCUGUCAAACUCCUUAUCGUCAGUCAGGUGGGUGUGAUAGUCACACUACUACUGCUACUGAUUUUUUCUAACAGUAGUGUGUUCCUCUUCAUUGGUACCUGCAGUCUUGGUCUGUUCAUAAGCAGCAUCUUCCCCUGCAUGCUUGCGCUCACCGAAGACAUCCUAGAAUACAAUGGUUGUGCCACUACAGUCCUGGUGACCAGUGCUGGGAUGGGGGAGAUGUUACUACAGGUGCUCGUAGGAUCGGUGAUGCACAAUCGUGGCAGUUUCAGUUUCCUGUUAUGUGGAAUGAUCUUUGGCUGCAUGGGAUUAAUUUUCUUCAUUUUGCUGUUCUUCGUCCAGCACAAUCACAAAAAAUUCACGGAAGUUUUACCAAACAAUCCUCCUGUGGAAAGACUUGAGGAGAAUGGGAUCAAAACCUGCUCUGGUACAAUACUGAACUCAUGGGAAAUCUCAGAGCGAAAAGCAUCAAUCGAACCAGAGCAAUGACAAUCUGAGGCUAUCCAAU